CGUAUCUAGGUAGCGACGGCAUACGGCACAUUGGCUACACACGUGGGUAACAAGAACGAGUCAACAUGGCCAAGAAAAGGAAUGUAGAGAAAAGUGCAGACACGCUAAAAACGCCAAGUUUGACGGUUGCUCAAACGGUAGAAGAUGAAGACGAAAGGGAACUGUUUAAGGUGGACGACGCUGUCAUCAGUGCCAGCGAGGAUGAGGGUGGUAGUGAUGACGAGAGGAAACACCGUAAGCUAUUGGAUGCCAUCAGCUCCCUGGGUGGGAAGAAAAGAAGGAAGCUGGCUGAACGGUCUGAGGCCAGUGCACAGAUCUCAGAGUUCUCCGUCAGUGCUGAAGGUGCGGGGGAAAAGAUAACCCUGGGUGACCUCCUUGGCACCAUUGAGAAGACUGCCGUCAUCACCAAGACCAAGAAACAGCUGAAGAAUCUGCAAAACCGCAGUGACACCCUUGAACUACCCCUGAGCAGGAAACAAACCGAGAAGAUCCAAAGGGAAGUGGCCUAUGGAAAGAGCUCAGAAGAGAUUUCCUCCUGGCAAGGUGUUGUCCUGCGAAACCAGAAGGCAGAGCAGCUGGUUUUCCCUCUGAACCAAGAGCCAUCUGGGCCAAAACGGGUGGAGCAGGUGGUGGCAGGAUGGAAGGCACAGACACCGUUAGAGCAGGAGAUCUUCAACCUCCUGCGCAUGAACAAGCAGCCUGUUCACGACCCUGUGUUGACACCCACUGAGGAGGCCUCCCUGAAGGCCAUGAGCCUGGAAGAGGCAAAGAUCCGGCGUGCUGAGCUGCAGAAGGCAAGAGCACUCCAGUCCUACUAUGAGGCCAAAGCCAAGAGGGACAAGAAGAUCAAGAGCAAGAAGUACCAUAGGGUGCUGAAUAAAGCAAAGCGCAAGGAGUUCCUUAAGGAGUUUGAGGAAAUGCGCAAAACGGACCCCGCCUCUGCCCUGGAGGAGCUGGAGAAGAUGGAGCUGGCCAGGAUGCAGGAGAGGAUGUCUCUGAAACACCAGAACAGUGGCAAGUGGGCCAAGUCAAGAGCAAUCAUGGCGAAAUAUGACAAUGAGGCUCGCAAGGCCAUGCAGCAGCAGCUCGAGGUGAACAAAGAGCUAACGAAGAAGCUGGUCAUUCCUUCAGAGAGCAGGGACGAAGAGGGGUCUGAGGAGGGGCCCGAAGAGGCGGCAGUGGCCCUGCCGGAUUUUGUUAACGAUGUUCAGCCAGCAGACGCGACCAACCCCUGGAUGAUGGGUAAACUGACAGCAGAGGCCCCCGAGCCUGCUGAAGGCAGUGACAUAGAGCCGCCAGCAGAGGGCGUCCAGCAACCGGAAAAUCAAGAGGACGGAACGGACGAAGAGGAGGUAAUAGAAGAAGAGGAGGUGCUUCUGAGGGAGUUUGAGGAGCGACGAAAAUUGCGCCAAUCGGAAAAAGGAGACCGGGAUUUGGUGCCAGUCAUGCCAGUGGAAAGAGAAGAAAUAGUGAAUGAAAAAGAUGCAUCUGGGGUGGUGGAGAUUUCCGAGGAUGAGGAGGAAGACGAGGAGGAAGAGGUUUCAGAGUUCAACAGCCUCUUUCAGAAGCUGGCAGAAAAGGAGCAGGAGGCUGCAAUGGAUGCCGAGACAACAAACAGCGCAAAAGUAGAGGACCGUGAAGAGCCCGCCCUGCUGGAGGAAGGGCUAACCCGCCUCAGGACCUUGGAGGACAUGGACCUCCUCAGCCAGGAAGUCUCCGUGGAGAUGGAUGAACCAGCCGCGCUGAGCACUGAGACCGCAGGCUCGGAGGAGACAACUAUUCCACAGCCCAGCAAGAAGAAAAAGCGAAAGAAAAACAUGAUCGACUGCAAUGAGGUUUUGACGAAGGAGGCUAAAGUCAUCAAGAUACCCCUGGCGCCCACAGUCAUCGAGGAGGAAGAAGAGAAUGAAGAGGUGCAGAAAAUGAUCAUUAAGGAAGCAUUUGCUGGAGAUGAUGUGAUAUCUGACUUCCUGAAGGAGAAGAGGAAACUGGAAGAGGCAGGAAAGCCUAAAGUGGUGGACCUGACUCUACCAGGCUGGGGGGAGUGGGGUGGUCUUGGUCUCAAACCCUCCCGCAAUAAACGCAGAAGGUUUCGUGUAAAAGCUGAUCCUCCCCCUCCAAGACAAGACAAAAAUCUCCCCAGUGUUAUAAUCUCUGAGAAGAGGAAUUCCUCCAUUACUGUGCACCAGGUCGGUCAGCUGCCAUUCCCGUUUGCGAGCCCUGAACAGUUUGAGAGCUGCAUCAGAACACCCAUUGGCAACACCUGGAAUACCCAGCGCACUGUCCAGAAGCUGACCGCCCCGAAGGUCGUCACACAGAUGGGUGCCAUCAUUGAACCCAUCACCAAGGAGGACUUUAUCAAGGGCAAGACACUGGCAACCACAGGGAAGCAGCCAGAUAUCAGUCUGUCUGCAGGCAAAGGACCAAAUAGAGGCAGCAAAGGCCCUCAGAAAAAAGGACAUCCAAAACGCUCCCAGCAGAAGAAGACAAAAAACAAACCGAAAUAGUAACACUGGGUUAACACAUCGCUUGGUUACUCAUCAGAAAGGCGUAAACAUACCCACUCUUGUCUGCCUGUCAGUAGACUUCCUGCUUCCCUCAACGAAUCAAGCCUGAAAUGGAGAUGAACAAAUAACUUCAACAUCAUUAAACCUUAAAAUAAAGUGAAAUUUUGAUGAUAAA